UAGGAAUUAGAGGCACAUUGAGAAUCCUGGGGAAAGGUACUUUUCAUUAGACUUUGUUUCCUGUAACUCUUUUUCCAGCACCAGGAAGAGGAUCAUCUCCUAAGACUUCUUCAUGUCUCUGUGAAUCUACAGUGCCCCCAGGAAGUGUUUCUCUUCUUGGGACACGAGGGAAAUCUUAGAACGCAAAGACCCCAAGAAAGAAGCCUGGAAAAACAGCUUUAGUUGGCUCAGUGAGACAGACAUUUAGAAAAAACACAGCAGAUAUCUUCAUGUUCUUAAAGGCAGCAGCCUUCAAGUGACUUCAAAGGGCUUCAUUCAGGCAGCAGUAAGACAUUUAAAGAAAAACAUCUGGAAACCAUCAGAAGAACAUGGGAGAACCUGGGAAGAGGGUUGCAACUCGUGGGGUGACAUGCUUUUCGAAAAUUAAGAUGUUUCUUUUGGCAUUAACAGGGGCAUAUGUAGCCAAAUCACUAUCAGGAAUUUAUAUGAAUUCUAUGCUCACACAAAUAGAGAGACAAUUCAAUAUCCCCACAUCUAUAGUUGGAUUUAUCAAUGGGAGCUUUGAGAUUGGAAACCUUUUGUUCAUUAUAUUUGUGAGUUAUUUUGGAACAAAACUGCACAGGCCUAUAGUGAUCGGUGUUGGAUGUGUGGUUAUGGGCCUAGGAUGUUUCUUAAUAUCACUACCUCAUUUCCUAAUGGGCCGAUACGAAUAUGAGAAAACAAUCUCACCUUCAAGCAACUUGUCCUCAAACAGCUUCUUGUGUUCAGGAAACAGAAGCCAGACUUUAACACCAACACCGGACCCUAAAGAGUGUUCAAAAGAAAUUAAAUCCUUAAUGUGGAUAUAUGUAAUGGUAGGAAAUCUUAUCCGUGGAAUUGGUGAAACCCCCAUCAUGCCCUUGGGUAUUUCUUACAUAGAAGAUUUUGCCAAAUCUGAAAACUCCCCUUUAUAUAUUGGUAUUUUAGAAACAGGAAUGGUUAUUGGCCCAUUGAUUGGACUUUUAUUGGCAUCCUUCUGUGCAACCCUUUAUGUAGACAUUGGAUCUGUGAAUACAGAUGACCUGACCAUAACUCUCACUGAUACACGCUGGGUCGGUGCUUGGUGGAUCGGCUUUUUGAUCUGUGCAGGAGUGAAUGUCCUGACCAGCAUCCCCUUUUUCUUCCUUCCCAAAACACUCCCAAAAGAAGGACUAGAGGAUAAUGCAGAUGUGACUGAAAACAAUGAAAAGGAGAAACACCGUGAAAAAGACAUGGGAAAAAAACGUGGAAUCACCAAAGAUUUCUUGCCAUUCAUUAAAAGUCUCUUCUGCAAUCCGAUCUAUAUGCUUUUCACACUUAUAAGUGUGCUCCAGGUCAAUUCAUUUAUCAUUACUUUUACCUUUAUGCCAAAAUACCUGGAACAGCAAUAUGGAAAAUCAACUGCAGAGAUAAUCUUUCUCAUAGGUGUUUAUAGCUUACCUCCAAUAUGCAUUGGAUAUUUAAUUGGUGGCUUGAUUAUGAAAAAGUUCAAGAUAACUGUCAAGAAAGCUGCAUACAUAGCAUUCUGUUUAUCCCUUAUUGAGUACCUUCUAUUUUUUUUAAACCUUAUGUGGACCUGUGAUAAUUUCCCAGUUGCUGGCUUAACUACAUCUUAUGAACAUGAACGAAUUCAACAACCUUUGUAUGUGAAGAAAAAUGUUCUUGCAGAGUGCAGCAAAAAGUGUAACUGUUUAACUAAAACGUGGGAUCCAGUGUGUGGAGACAAUGGCCUAUCAUACAUGUCAGCCUGCCUUGCAGGCUGUGAAAACUCUGAUGGAACAGGCGUCAACAUGGUGUUUCAAAACUGCAGCUGCAUUCAGUCUUCAGGAAUCUCAUCUGCAGUCCUUGGAAUGUGUAACAAAAGCCCUGACUGUACUAUAAAGCUGCAGUACUUUUUAAUUGUGUCAGUAUUCGGCUGUUUCAUCUUCUCACUGGCAGUCAUACCUGGGUAUAUGGUUCUUCUGAGGUGUACGAAGUCUGAAGAGAAAUCCCUUGGAGUUGGAUUACAUACAUUUUUCAUAAGAGUAUUUGGGGGCAUUCCGGCACCUAUUUACUUUGGUGCCUUGAUAGACAGAACCUGUUUACACUGGGGAACUCUGAAAUGUGGUGAGCCAGGGGCAUGCAGGAUGUAUGAUAUAAAUGAAUACAGGCGCAUUUACAUUGGGUUGCCAGCAGCUCUAAGAGGAUCAAGCUACCUCCUGUCAAUCUUCAUUCUAAAACUUUUGAGGAAGUUCCAACUCCCUGAGGAAACUGACUCUUCAGAGACUGAACUUGCCGAGAUGCAGCUCACAGAGAAGGAAAGCGAGUGCAUGGAUGUGCACAGAAGUCCUGAGUCUGAGAACGGCAGAGAACUGAAAACGAGGCUGUAAUGGGAUUUCUAGUGGCCUGCAUAGGCCCACGGACAGAGUCUGCAUUUGGUUCUUUUGAAUCAUGAGUUAUAGGAACAAUUAUGCUGAAAGACCUUAAGAAUGUAUUUUAAUAAUGACAAAAAUAUUUACUGUUAUUUUUUUUUAAAUAUAGUGGUAGCACUUAAGAUUAUCCCAGGGAAGACUAUGGUGAUCACCUAUCCUCUCACACACGUAGAACUUUAAAGCAGUCUUCAAAUGAAAAAGGUAUUUUCUCUUUUAACUCAAUCAAAGCAAAUGAGCAUUUCUCAUAUAUGCUCAAAAAGCUUUAAGGCAUUCCCAUUCUCGAAACACCAUUCAAUUCCAUUAAAUUUGUGCUUCAAUGUUGGAGUCGUUUAGAGCUAAAAAUUUAGAUCUUACUUGUGUUGCAUUGAAAUAAUUUAUUCAAAUUUAUACUUUCUUUAUGCAAGAUAUUUGCAU